UUGUGUGCUCCCUCCUGCAGAAUGCCUUUCCAAUUUUGUCCCCAGUGCGGUGUGAGGCUGCGUCCUGAUUUCCGAUAUUGUCCAUCGUGUGGAAAAAAACUGCCCUGCUCUGCUGACGAAUCUGGACCCCACGAAGAAACAGCAGCACCUGCAGUUACAGCAAGCCCAGCUUUAAGCACGAGUUUUGAGCAAACACAAAACACAGUUUCCCCCCGUCCUGCACUGCGAAAGGCCAGAAACGCCCUGCGACCGGACAGAGCAGUGAAGUUCAGUGUCACAGAUGAUCUGAGUUCCUCCCCUCCGGUCGAAGAUGAGAAGACUGAAGAUGUACAUGGAGGGUGUCGGGUGUCGCCAUCAAAGCAGCACACAGUGGCUGUCAAAGCCAGAGCGGAGGUAGAGCCCCCGUCAGCGUCUUCAUCAGCGCCUGCUGUAAAAUCCCCCCGACCUGUCAGGGGAAAAGCAAAACUCUGCAGCCCCAUAAAGAAAGCAGAAGAAGAGGAUCAGAGCCCGUCUGAUAAAACAGCCGGUGUGACGCAGGGAUCAGCGGUGGACGGCUCUGUCUCCUCACCCAUCACCAAAUCUCCUGUAAAAGCUACAGGGCGAAGCAAAGCCAAGAAAGCGAGGCUUUCGUCUGCAGUGGAGCCGCUGCAGGACGGCGAGGAGGUGACGGACAAGAUGGGCAAGAGGUGGAAGCUGGCAAAGCUGCUCAGUCAGAGCUCGACAGAGCUCCUCUACGAAGUCUCACAGUCCUCAUCCAGUGAAGCGGAUCACAUCCUCAAACUGGGAGCAAAAGAUGGACGAAUCUUCAAUGAGCAGAACUUUCUUCAGAGAGCAGCUAAGCCUGCAUCUGUGGUUAAGUGGAUCAAGCAAAACAAGAUGGACUUCCUGGGGAUUCCUGCCUGCGUCGGUUUUGGUCUUCAUGCAGAUUCAUACAGAUUUCUUAUUUUCCCCGACAUGGGCCGCUCCCUGCACUCAGUCUUCGAGGAAGAAAAAGAGCUUCUGUCUGAGAAAGUUGUGCUUCAGCUGGCCUGUAGAAUUCUGGAUGCGCUGGAGUUCAUCCACUCCAAUGAGUAUGUCCAUGCGGAUAUAAAUGCUGAAAACAUCUUCAUCAAACCAGGACAGAAAUCCCAGGUGUAUCUGGCAGGAUAUGGCCAUGCCUUCAGAUACUGUCCGGGAGGGCAUCAUGUGGAGUACCGGGAAGCCAGCAGAACCUCUCACGAGGGCGCUGUGGAGUUCAUCAGUCUGGAUGUGCACAAGGGAGCAGCUCCGUCUCGCCGCAGUGACUUGCAGUCUCUGGGCUACUGCAUGCUGCACUGGCUCACUGGGGCUCUGCCGUGGAGCCAGCAAGCUCAACCCGCCCAGGUGGCCACCCAGAAACAGAAGUACAUGGAGGACGUCAAAGGCCUGUUGAGCCAAUGUUUUGGGAGAAAAAGCGUUUCAGGCGCUUUUCAAAACUACCUGACGGCAGCGAUGGGCCUGCAGUACACGGAGGAGCCGGACUACGGUGCGCUGAGCGAGGGCCUGAGCGGCGCCCUGCAGCAGCUGGGGGGGGCGGUGGAGCUGCCGCUCAGUUUG